UAAAUGUUACUUUUCUGACUUUGUCUUUAUUAUUCUGUUACUUAGCUGACUCUUUCGUGCAAAGUGACUUGCAUUAUUUGCAUAUCGGGUAACACGAAAGUACAGUGCUCUGAGGUACACCUCACCAGUUGCACCAGGAAACCGGUUCAGGUAGAUAAAUGCGACGCCACCUGCUGCCCUAAUGUAAAGGCAUCUAUGGCGGUCCGCCCGCUUUCUCUCGGGUGUGUUUGCUCCAGCUUUAUACCUCCAUAAGGGGAACGGUGUGUCCGCGCGCGGCAGCGCUUGUUCCGGUGGCCGUACUAUGGCGGCCCUCUCGCGGCGGAACUACGCUCACGAGCCGCAGCCGGAGCGCGGUCUGCUCUCAACUUAACAGUGUAAUCCACCCAUUACAGUUCGAUGCUUUGGGGAACACUUUUCAUAAUACUAUUAUUAACAAUUAAUGAUGUGGAGAAGAAGAAGGCACAGCCAGCACCGUCAUGGCGAACUUGGAACACCAACACACAACGAAGUCGGACCCCUGACCUGCCACGAUGGUCCUCGGCUCGCUGGAGCUGCAACCACCGCUUCGUCUGCAGGGUGACUCUACGACGCUGCAUGUGACAGCGGACAUGGAGAUGACACAGACACACACGCUGCUCCAGACCCUUAGCCUGUCCUCUGUGGUCGGCAGCUUGGGCCUUGGCAUUUUCUGUGUUUGUGCAGACCACUUUGUGCGGCUCCCCCAUGUCCAGCAGCACACGUGGCUUCACGCUGUGGCAGACAACGUGAUCCAUGGCACCAUUGGCCUCUGGUCCUGGGCCAUUGUCAUCGGGCUCAGGAAGUCGAGCGAUGUGUGUGAAGCUAUGCUUGCCGGAUGCCUGGCUGCAGUCAUCGACCUGGACCAUUUUUAUCAGGCUCAAUCUCUGUCGCUCAAAGCAGCUGUGAACCUCUCGCAACGCCCCCCCUUGCAUUGCUCCUCCCUGAUCCCUGUCCUCUGUGGAUCGCUGUGGCUGCUGGUCAGCACCUGCAGACUGGGGGCCCCCUGGCACUCUCUACCCUGGCUACUGUUUCUCUCACUGGCUUCCCACCACGUGCGGGACGCGACACGGCAUGGACUGUGGGUGUGGCCUUUCGGGAGCACAGAACCCCUCCCAUACUGGCUGUAUGUGGCCCUGACCAGUACAAUGCCCCACCUCAGCUCAGUGCUCAUAUCGUUUUAUGGGACUAGAGAAGCCACCUCCCAAAAGUAUGGCACAGCCUACAAUGUCUGAGCCGACUUUGAAGAAACCCAUGUUUUCAGCAGUGGAUGUUUGCUGAAACAGUUUGGGAUCAUUUGCUCACCUUCACAGAAGGUACAACAGAAGUUUCCUUCUUGAAGUAUUACCCUUCAUCCAGUCAGAAGACCACCUCUUUAGAACUCAGUUGUCAGCUGACACCACUGCUCUGGGAAGGACAUGGUCAGUGUGAUGAUUUGGUAAAUACCUACUGCACUGUCAUGACCAU